GUGCAUUCUGGCUGUACUUUUUCCAAGACAGAUUUGUGUAUUCUUCUGGCAGUCCAUGGUAUAUUACUAACACACUCUAAAUUCCCGCUAUGUGUUUGAAUCUAUCUCUGGACUUUUCAUUCUUUUCAUUGAUCUGCCUGCUCAUCAUUAGCCUGUCUAUUCAUCAUUCUAGCUUUUUAAAAAAAUGUGCUUUAGUCUCUGAAAGGGGAAGUUCACCCUCAUUGUAAAUUUCCUGGUUUAUAUUUCUGUAUUAAUUUUAAAAUUAACUUUUCCUUUUUUAAAAAAGCCUCUUCUUAUUGGAUUGGAGUUAGAUUUAAUGAUUUAUAUAGGGAUUAACAUCUUUAUGAUAUUGAGUCGUCCUGUUCAAGAAUGGCAUGUCUUUCCAUUUGUACAGGUGUUUUUGAUCUUUUCCCAUAGCUUUUUUAAGCUUUGUUUCAUACAGUGAUUGUAUAUUUUUUCUUAAGAUUGAGGAAGAGUCUGGAAACCAUGUUUUCUAAGUAGCGUUUGAUGAAUUAGAGUGGCUUUCUCUGGAAAAAGUGGACUCAGAGAGGAUUGUGCAAUCUUCAUAUUUUUGAGGGGUUGUCCUUGUGGAAAAAUGAUUAGGCUUAUUUUAUGACUUUUCAGAAGACAAAAAUAGGACCAGUUUCUUUUAAAAAAUCCAGCAAAAAAUUUGAGUAUCUGAUGUAUACCAAAUUCUCUGUUUUGCAUGAAACAUAUAGACAGGAGUAAGUACAGUGACUGCUCUCAAGGAACUCAUAGUCAAAACAAAAGUAUCCUGAUUUUUAAAGUAGUAUACUAAAUGCCAUGAAGGAAAUGUGUGUGGGUGCUGUUGGACCACAGAAGAGCGCUUGACGUGGCCUGGGUGGGAGUAGGCACCAGAUGAAUGGCAAGGAGGACUUCUCAGAGGAAGUGACACUGAAACAUUAUGUCUCAGGCUACUCAGAGUUUCUAGCUUGAGGAAUGAGCAGAAGUGAUACCAUUCAUUAAGAAAUGGAACAUAGAAGGAAAGGCAUAUUUAAUGGGAUGAUGAGUUGGGUGAGGGUGCAGUAAAGAAAUCAGUUUUGGCUGCAUUCAGUUUGCAUUUUGUAUAGAAUUUUAUUCUGAUUCAGUAAACGUUAAAUUUUUGUGGUGGUUUAUGAAAAGCGCUUUCCUAAAUUUGUAGGUUUAAAUCCAUUUUCACUGUUUACGGGGAGGUUGUUAGUUGCUGUGGAGUCUGCUCCAUCUCAUGGUGACCCCAUCCAUGUACAGCAGAAGGAAACAUUGGAGCGUUAUGUUUUCCUAAUGGAUAACAAUGUUGGUCACUUAGAGAGUGUCGAGGAAAAUGAAGACUGAAAAUCUCCAUUGACUAUGAUGCCAUUGCCUUUGGCAAGAGCGAUUUUAGUGGAGCAGUCAGGAUGAAAACCAGUGUUCGGUGACCUGGAGUGUGUAUAACCCAAAACCACACGUGUUGCCAUAAAGUCAAUAGGUCAGGCUUUUAAGAUUCCCAAGGCUGUAAAUUUUUACCAAAGCAGACUGCCACAUCUUUCUCCCGCAGAGAGGCUGGUGGGUUCGAACUGCCAACCUUAUUUGGUUGGCAGCUGAGAGCUUAACCACUGUGCCACCUGGGCUCCCAUGGAGUGUGUAUAGGAGAUGACAAAGUUUCUGAUCCUUAAACCCAAAACCCAUUGUCGUCAAGUUGAUUCUGACUCUCAGCGACCUUGUAGGACGAGUAGAACGGCCCUUUAGGGUUUCCAAGGAGUGGCUGGUAGAUUUGAACUGCUGAGCUCUUUUGGUUAGCAGCCGAGCUCUUAACCACUGCGCCACCAGGGCUCUGUCUGGUCCUUAAUAGGUACUUAAUUCAUAUUUGUGGGAUCAAUGAGAAAGUGAAGGUAGUAAUCAGAGUCCUUAUUUUUUUAGAAGCUUGCCUGUAAGGAGGAGAAAGCAUGGCUAGGUAAUGGGAGAAGUAGAAUUAUACCAGACUAUUUUUAAAGAUUUUUUUUUUUUUAAUAGAUUGUAGAGACACAAGUCUGUUGAUAUGUUAAAGGGAUGCACCUAAUGGAGAGAAGACGUUGAAGAUUCAGAAGAGAGUAUAAAUAGGUCUUUGAUAGAGCCAUGGUCCCCGAGGAGGUCAACUUUGUAGUGUGCCAACUCUUUGCCUUGCUAGCAGCCAUUUGGUUUCGAAUUUAUCUGCGUUCAAGCAAAACUAGCUCUUUUAUAAGACAUGUAGUUGCUACCCUUUUGGGCCUUUAUCUUGCACUUUUUUGCUUUGGAUGGUAUGCCUUACAUUUUCUUGUACAAAGUGGAAUUUCCUACUGUAUCAUGAUCAUAAUAGGAGUGGAAAACAUGCACAAAUAUUGUUUUGUGUUUGCUUUGGGAUACCUCACAGUGUGCCAAAUUACUAGAGUCUAUAUCUUUGAUUAUGGACAAUAUUCUGCUGAUUUUUCAGGCCCAAUGAUGAUAAUUACGCAGAAGAUCACUAGUUUGGCUUAUGAAAUUCAUGACGGAAUGUUUCGAAAGGAUGAAGAACUAACUCCGUCUCAGAGAGGCUUAGCUGUAAGGCGCAUGCCAAGCCUAUUGGAGUAUUUAAGUUACAACUGUAACUUCAUGGGUAUCCUGGCAGGACCACUCUGUUCUUACAAAGACUACAUUACUUUCAUUGAAGGCAGAUCAUACCACAUGACACAAUCAGGUGAAGACGGAAAAGAAGAGAUACAGUAUGAAAAAACAGAGCCAUCUCCAAAUAUCGCAGUUACUCAGAAACUCCUAGUCUGUGGACUUUCCUUACUAUUUCAUCUGACUGUCUCUAAAACAUUACCCGUGCAGUAUAACAUUGAUGAGCAUUUUCAAGCUACAGCUUCAUGGCCAACAAAGGUUAUCUAUCUGUACGUCUCUCUUUUGGCUGCCAGACCCAAAUACUAUUUUGCGUGGACGUUAGCUGAUGCCAUUAAUAAUGCUGCAGGCUUUGGUUUCAGAGGAUAUGACAAAAAUGGAGCAGCUCGUUGGGACUUAAUUUCCAAUUUGAGAAUUCAGCAAAUAGAGAUGUCAACAAGUUUCAAGAUGUUUCUUGAUAAUUGGAAUAUUCAGACAGCUCUUUGGCUCAAAAGGGUGUGUUAUGAACGAGCCUCCUUCAGUCCAACUAUCCAGACGUUCUUUCUCUCUGCCAUUUGGCAUGGAGUAUACCCAGGAUAUUAUCUAACGUUUCUAACAGGGGUGUUAAUGACAUUGGCAGCACGAGCUAUGAGAAGUAACAUUAGACAUUAUUUCAUGGAACCUCCCCAACUUAAAUUAUUUUAUGAUGUUAUAACAUGGAUAGUAACACAAAUAGCAAUAAGUUACACAGUUGUGCCAUUUGUACUUCUUUCUAUAAAACCAUCAUUCAUGUUUUACAGCUCCUGGUAUUAUUGUCUUCACAUUGCUGGUAUCUUAGUAUUAUUGUUGUUGCCAGUGAAAAAAACUCAAAGAGGAAGGAAUACACAUGAAAAGAUUCAGCUCUCACGAUCCAAAAAGUUUGAUGAACAAGAAAAUUCUUUGGGACAGAAUAGUUUUUCCACAACAAACAAUGUUUGCAAUCAGAAUCAAGAAAUAGCCUCUAGACAUUCAUCACUAAAGCAAUGAUGGAGAAAACGCCCAGACGGCCAUUUUUUUAUGACUGUGAUGACUUGGGUCGCCGGAAGCAGAAGGGUAAGAUCACAUGCCAGGUGGUAGAGCUGGCCUGACAGCAGGGCCUCAGCCCUCAAUUGUAAAUCCCGGCUGUGAGAGAAAAGAGUAGGCAGGGCCUUUUGACUUCACCUUUAUUUGACAAGUCUUUCAUGGAAUUUAUUUUCUUUUGCCUUAAUUUUUUUUUUUAAUGAAAUGCAAGCUGUCCAUCUCUGGUGAAUCUUUCGGUUUAGAUUUUUGUUAUUAAUAAAUUUUCAAAUGUAGUUAAAGACAGAACAACAAUCUGGCUUAAACUGUAGUGUUUCAUUUAAAGAAGGAAGGAAAAAGGAAAUAAACUUGGAGCUUUUGAGGUCCUAAUCAGCAAAAAAGUCAAUUUAUCCUUUUAAAACCUUACAGAUCUCCUACUCAUUGUUUGUAAGAAAUGUUUUUAAUUUUUCUAAAGAUAAACAUUUUCCAUCUGAUGAGGUUAGCCCUGUCCUGUUACCUCCCAGGAAAGAUAGUUACAUACAUUUUCUCUCUUUUCCCAUGUACUGAAAUGAAGCUAGCUGCCUAACAUGAGAGGAUAGAAAAGAACGUUCCUGGAAAGAAUCUGCCCCCAAAAAGGUCUCUUCAGUUUUAUGAAUGCUGCGGAGAAUCUGAUCACUAUUAAGAGAAAGUAAAGAAAUUGAACGUUUAGACGAGGGGCCUAGGCGUGUCAUAAAUGAAAACAAGAAAGUUUGAUAGAGACUUUUGUUUUUCUUGUACAGCCUAUUUAGCCACUUAUAAAUAAUCAGCUUUUAUUUCUAUUAUCUGAAUAUAUUUUCUCAGCCUGUGAAACUAAAUUGGUUAUCUAUUUCUUGCUCAAUUAAUAUAAUGAUACCACUACCAUCCAGAAAGAUGUUUGGUCAGUUUUUCAAUUACUUUAAAUAUAAAAAAAUCCAAACCCUUUGCCGUCGAGUCGAUUCUGACUCGUAGCAACCUUAUAGGACAGAUUAGAACUGCCCCAUAGGGUUUCCAGGGAGCUACUGGUAGAUUCGAACUGCCAACCUUUUGGUUAGCAGACGAACUCUUAACCAUUACACCACCAGGGCUCCACUUCAAAUAUAAUACAUUACAUAUUCAGUUUGAUUUUUCAUCCCCCGAAUCAGCUAUUAUAUUUUUAUGAAAUGGUUUUGGGUAGCUUUCCUCUGAUUUUGAAGAAAUCACAAGUAUCCAGUCUAGAAGAAAAAUAAUCAUUCUAAUUCUCAGCUUGAUUUUUCUCCUCAAGAAGAAAUUUUUUGUGCUCUAUAAAGUGAAUAUAUCUACUUGGAGUGUUGCAAAGAUUACUUUUUUGCUUCUAUUUAUAGUAAAAGACUUUAAAACUGGUACAUCUGGCUGCUGUUAGUGUAAAGGGAUUCAUUGUAAUUUGCGCUUGUUUUUAAUCAACAGACUGGGAUUUAGUGCAUAUUUGGAUUAUUUCCCCCUCUUCAGUUGUCAUGAAAGCACUCCAGAGAUCUCCAAUCAACAUCGUAUUUAUACUUUUGGUAAAUUAUAUACUACUCAGGGAAAAAUGAAUAAAAAUAAUUAUUCUUCCCUCAAUUUCAUUUUCUUGAAACAACAACAGUUAAUUUGAAAUAUCUCAGUUGUCACCAUUUUACAAGUGGCUUAUUCUCAGUUUUUAAAAUCAGCAUUUUUAUUGGAACUCAGGGUAAUUGAGGAAAUUUAUUUAGCAUCUAAAAUGUCCGUUGUAAUAGAAAAGGUUUAUUUGGCUACAAAACAUAUCCAGCUACCACUUACGUUACCACCGUCUGGUUAAAAAGUAUGUUACUGAUUCCCUCGCUAUGUGUGACACUCACAGAAUUUCCACAGACGCCAGUUUUGAGAAAAUUUUACAGUAAAGACAAUGUUUCUAAAAAGUGAAGGUAACUCACAUUUAAGCAUUAAUUGACCUGGGAGGACACCUAGAUCAUUCUGACUGUGAUUCAUGAGCCGUAUGAUUUGGACAAGUCACUUAUCCUUUAGACCUCAGGUUCCUAAACACAGCUGAAAGGGUUAGUUCUAACAGUUUAAGACCAGUUGAGUAUCAUGAGUGGAAGCAUCUAGCAAGUUCUUUAAGAUUCAUGGAUGUAGGCAGAUUCAAAAUCAAACAGUUGUCAUGGUCAUUUACGUUUAUUGCUUUAGCUCAAAGCCAUGAUUUCAAAAGGUUGUCAUGGCAACAGACCAUCCAUUAUGUCAGAAACCAUUUCCACUGAAUAUCGUCCUUCAUACGAAUCUUUCCUAAUGAAAUAGUCUCUACGAAAGAUAACAUUUUCCUUUUGCUUUCUCUGCUUCUGUUUGUGCCAUGUAAAAUUGGAGAAAAUAUAUGCUAUUAAAUAUUUUAUAUAAAUUACUUUACUAGACAGUUGUCCACCAGGUAACUUCUCAGAAAGUAUUUCAUUAAAAGAUAUUUAAAGUAUAUUUAAUUUAGUUACACCUUAAUUUAAACUACAAAGAACAAUUGUUUUAAAAAUGUUGCCAUUAAUAUAAUUACAAAAUUUAUGCUUGUAUUCAAAGACUAUAUCACACUGUCAGGACAAAAAUCUUUCUAUUUAAUAUUCAUACCUUGUAAAUAUUUAAUUUGUAUAUUCAUGAACAGAUCUGGACAUUUAUACUUUGUUUCCUUUUUACUAUCAAUUGUUCAUAAUUAUUAGUUAAUUGGUUUUAAGAGUUCUGCAUUAUAAUUGAAAGAAAAAAUUACUUGAGAAGAACGAUUGUUUCAGAAUGUUGCCUGUUGUUGCUGUGUCAGCUACGGAUUUGUCCAGAGCUUUAGAUACAAAUCAGCAUUUUGUGGGGUUUUAGUCAGCCAUUAAUAGUCCAUCCUGGCUGAAAUUCAAUACAUCAGAUUUAACACAGGUGCAGAAUUCUGAAGAACACUGUGAAAUGUAACUUUAACUGCCCUCAAGUACCUUAUAAAACUGUAAUACUUAACCCACUGUACAUUUAUUGAAUAGCUAAUCGUUUAUACACUUACCUUAGAUGCUGAAAUUUCUGCUUUUUACAGCUCUUGCAAAAGUAGGUUUGUAUUGAUGUGUGUUCCUAAUGCUGAAGGAAAAGAUAUGCAUUUAAAAAAAAGAAGAAAUUCCACUCUGAAAUUUGGAUUUGAAAGGUUAGAGUAUAGAGGGUCUCUACAGUGUUUUUCUGUAACACCAUGUAGUAAAAAUCUAUUUAUAAUAACUACAGAUGAAAAUUUAAAGUGAACUUUUCCAUGUUGGUAUUUUGUAGGAAUGCUCUUAUAAUCACUGAUUACGCUGCUUUUCGAGGCUCUUGUUGUACAGAGGAUGCAGCCAAUUACAUUUUAACAGGUGGGCUGCUUAAUAAUGUUUUUGCGUGUUUUAAAUAAUAUUUAUUUUAAUAGGUUUUUAACAUUAUG